AUGGGUAAGGAAAAGAUUCAUAUCAAUAUUGUUGUCAUUGGACACGUCGACUCCGGAAAAUCCACUACUACUGGACAUUUGAUCUACAAAUGUGGAGGUAUUGACAAGAGAACAAUCGAAAAAUUCGAGAAAGAAGCUCAAGAAAUGGGUAAAGGAUCUUUCAAAUACGCUUGGGUUUUGGACAAACUUAAGGCUGAAAGAGAACGUGGUAUCACCAUUGAUAUUGCUCUCUGGAAAUUCGAAACCUCUAAAUACUAUGUUACCAUUAUUGAUGCCCCUGGUCACAGAGAUUUCAUCAAAAACAUGAUUACAGGAACAUCUCAAGCCGAUUGUGCUGUCCUUGUUGUUGCUUGUGGUACUGGUGAAUUUGAAGCUGGUAUUUCAAAGAACGGACAAACCCGUGAACAUGCUCUUUUAGCUCAAACUUUAGGAGUAAAACAACUUAUUGUUGCUUGUAACAAGAUGGACUCUACUGAACCACCAUACAGUGAGGCUCGUUUCAAUGAAGUUACUACUGAAGUACAAAACUUCAUCAAGAAAAUCGGAUACAAUCCAAAAGCCGUUGCUUUCGUUCCAAUUUCUGGAUUCCACGGAGACAACAUGCUUGAGCCAUCUACCAACAUGCCAUGGUUCAAAGGAUGGUCUGUUGAACGUAAAGAAGGAAAUGCUUCUGGAAAAACUCUUCUUGAAGCUCUUGACUCUAUUGUCCCACCAUCUCGUCCAACUGACAAACCACUCCGUCUUCCACUCCAAGAUGUCUACAAGAUCGGAGGUAUCGGAACAGUCCCAGUCGGUCGUGUUGAAACUGGUAUCCUUAAACCAGGUAUGAUUGUCACUUUCGCCCCACAAGGAGUUUCUACUGAAGUUAAAUCCGUUGAAAUGCACCACGAAUCUCUCACAGAAGCUGUUCCAGGAGACAACGUUGGUUUCAACGUAAAGAACAUCUCCGUUAAAGAUAUUCGUCGUGGAUCUGUCUGCUCUGAUUCUAAGAAUGACCCAGCCAAGGAAGCUAAAUCUUUCACCGCUCAAGUUAUCAUUAUGAAUCACCCAGGACAAAUUGCUGCUGGAUACACUCCAGUUUUGGAUUGUCACACUGCUCACAUUGCUUGCAGAUUUGCUGAACUUAAAGAAAAAGUUGACAGACGUACUGGUAAAAAAGUUGAGGAUGCACCAAAAUUCCUUAAAUCUGGAGAUGCCGGAAUCGUUGAACUUAUCCCAUCAAAACCACUCUGUGUUGAAGCUUUCACAGAUUACCCACCACUUGGACGUUUCGCCGUUCGUGAUAUGAGACAAACUGUUGCCGUCGGAGUUAUCAAGGGAGUCACCAAAUCAGAUGGAGAUGCUAAAGCAACCAAAUCCGCUCAAAAGGCUGGUGCCAAGAAGAAGUAA